AUUAAUGUGUGUAAAUUCAUAAAUUAUGCAUUAACUAUUCAUAAUAUACUAACUUCUCCAUUGGAUUCUCUCUCCUCCAUGGAAGCUAGGUUUAGACCUCCACAUGGGAGGGUUGUAACCUGUAAGCUCCUCAUUAAUUAUAAAAUCAAUAUAAAAUGGAAAGCAGAAACUUUCUUCUCGGGCUCUGUUUUGUUCAUAAAUUAUGAGAGAAUUCAAAUUUGGAAAGCUGAGCAGGUUCCCACAAGGACCCACAAGUAAUUUAAAGAGUAGCCAUUAAUGAAUCAACUGUGUUGGGAUUUUUUAGUCUCCUGGGUUCUCUGGAGACAGAUGGGUCUGGCAGGUCAAACGGCCUUGCAGAAAUUAUUGUGAGGCAAUUGAAACACGGAGUGCUUUUUGGGUUCCUUUUCUUAAAUGGGUACGAGUGGUUUUGGUUUCUAAUGUGUCAAACGUGGUUGAAUUUUGGAUUCUUCUGCUGGUUUAUUGCGUAAAGAACAGGAGUUGGGUGAUUUUUGGCAGCAGCAAUUGGGGGAGUUGACCUAAAUUUGGUGUUCGUUUGGGAGUAAUUUAUCUUAUAGAAGUGUCUUGGGAUGAGAUUUUGGAAUUUCUCAAGGUCGACAUGACCUGUUGGGGUGGUUGGAGUUCAGAACCUUGAAAACCAAGGGGCAUAAACUGGUUUUUAGGGUUUUCUUCUUGGGCAUAGAACAGAGUUUGUGCAGAAGUUCACUGUGGUCUUUUUGGUUUCUGGGUUGAUUAAGGCCGCUCUUGGCGUUAGAUUUGUGAUUUUUAGGGUUUUCUUCCCGGAAGAAGCUGUAUUUUUGUACUGUUUCAGCAUUCAGAAAGGCUUCAGGAAUUUGAGACCAUUUCUUUUCUUUUCUCUUCCGGGGGAUUUUGAGUUGAGUGUGGGGUUUAAGGGCACAGAGAUGCCCUGGUUUGGGGCAGGAGUCGGUGCACUGCCCUAAAUUUUUGGGUUUCCAUCUCAGCUUGGCACAGCUUACAGUUCUCUCAUUGGGUGAAAAUGGCUUGUAUGAAGUUGGGAUCCAAAACUGAUGCAUUUCAACGGCAGGGGCAGGCCUGGUUCUGCACAACUGGCCUUCCAAGUGAUAUUGUUGUUGAAGUUGAUGAGAUGUCCUUCCAUUUACACAAGUUUCCUUUGCUUUCUAGAAGUGGAGUUCUGGAAAGGUUGAUUGCAAAAGCAUCAGAAGGAGGAGCAGAAGUCAUACACCUCUCUGACAUCCCUGGUGGGGCCAAAACUUUUGAACUUGUAGCCAAAUUCUGUUAUGGUGUGAAACUUGAGCUUACUGCUUCAAAUGUUGUCUACAUCCGUUGUGCUGCUGAGCAUCUUGAGAUGACGGAGGAGUAUGGGGAAGGCAAUCUUAUUACACUGACUGAAACCUUUCUCAAUCAAGUGGUCCUUCGAAAUUGGAAAGACUCCUUAAAAGCUCUUCAAACUUGUGAUGAUAUUCUGCCUCAUGCUGAAGAACUCAAUAUUACAAAGAGGUGUAUUGACUCAUUAGCUGUAAAGGCAUGUACGGACCCAAAUUUGUUUGGCUGGCCUGUCAUGGAUCAUGGUGGGCCCAUGCAAAGCCCUGGUGGGAGUGUCUUGUGGAAUGGGAUAAGCACAGGGGCUAGACCAAAAAAUUCUAGUUCAGAUUGGUGGUAUGAGGAUGUAUCUACUUUAAGUUUACCUCUCUAUAAGAGGUUGAUUUCUGUCAUGGAAUCCCGUGGAAUCAAACAUGAGAUUAUUGCGGAGUCUCUCGCCUUUUAUGCCAAAAGGUAUCUUCCUGGUCUGAAUCGCCAUCAAGGUGUCAGUGAGCCCAGCAACCGUAUGGCACCAGUAGCUUUGGGAGGGCCGCCAUCAGAAGAAUAUCAGAAGCUCUUACUAGAGGAGAUUGAUAGGUUACUUCCUAUUCAGAAAGGUCUAGUAUCAACCAAGUUUUUGUUUGGUAUGCUUCGUACAGCCAUGAUUCUUCGAACAAGUUCUUCUUGCGCAUCAACUCUAGAAAGAAGGAUAGGGAUGCAGCUUGAUCAAGCAACUCUAGAAGAUCUUUUAAUUCCUAACUUCUCUUAUUCAAUGGAAACACUCUAUAAUGUUGAGUGUGUGCAGCGGAUUCUUCAGCACUUUUUAGAAAUGGAUCAGGCAAUGGGUGGGGUAUCCCCAUGUUCAGUUGAUGAUGGCCAGUUGAUAGAGUCACCUUCCUUGACACCUAUCACGAUGGUAGCCAAACUGAUUGAUGGAUACCUUGCGGAGGUUGCUCCUGAUGUUAAUUUGAAGCUCCCCAAGUUUCAGUCCCUUGCUGCUGCUGUUCCUGAAUAUGCCAGACCCUUGGAUGACGGUCUUUAUCGUGCAAUUGACAUAUAUCUGAAGUCACACCCAUGGCUGGCAGAGUCAGACAGAGAACAACUUUGCAGGCUCAUGGACUGCCAGAAGCUCUCCCUGGAAGCUUGCACCCACGCGGCACAAAAUGAAAGGUUGCCCCUAAGAAUAAUUGUGCAGGUCCUCUUUUUCGAGCAGCUCCAGCUGAGGACUUCCAUUGCAGGCUGCUUUCUGGUGUCCGACAAUCUUGAUGGGUCAAGACAGUUGAGGAGUGGACUUGCUGGGUCUAGUGAGGGAGGCUGGGCCACUGCCGUGAGGGAGAAUCAGGUUUUAAAGGUGGGAAUGGAUAGCAUGAGGAUUCGGGUUUCUGAGCUUGAGAGGGAGUGUUCAAACAUGAGGCAAGAGAUUGAGAAGUUGGGUCAGGUCAAAGGAUCUAGCAGAUGGAGCAGUGUGUCAAAGAAGUUUGGUUUCAUGGCAAAGACUCAGAUGUGCAGUGCUCAAGAGGGGUCGAUAAGCAGGCAGAAUGAUCGAAGUGUUAAGCUUGAGACGGCAAAGGACAGGCAUGGCAAGCAGAAGAAAAACUCUUGAGGGUUAGAUUUUCCUGUUUGAAAAUUGUUCUUAUUUCUCAUUUUUUGUAUCUCUCCUAUUGGUUCUUAUUUAUUUUUUUUUUCUUUCAGAACUCUAAUUGAGUGAUCUGUGUCAUACAUCUGUCAAUUGACCUAACCCUCCACUAUCUUAAUCUGACAAUGUACUUUAUGUUUCAAAGUUUUAUGUUUCAAAA